AUGUCCUCUCCUCUCCCAAUUGUGAUCUGUGCCCUAGACUCCGGGAUCGGCAAGCCGGUCUCCGAGCUCCUCCUCCCCGAACUCGAAGUAACCCAUUUCAUCCAAAGUCUCUCAGCAGCGCAAUCCGAGCUUCCCCAUCUCCUCGCAGGUCGGAAUCCCCAAUCCCUCCACGUCAACGACGUCGGCACGAAAGACUACAGCCGGCCUGUGCGUGCAAUCAUCUUCGGUCGUGGAUUUGACUUGGAGGAUAUCGAGGCAUUGCGCGAUAAUGUUGCUAGUAUCUCGCAGGAUCCUGUUGUUUGGAUCGCUGGAGACCCAAGCCGAAAGCCUCCUCCUGGCGCUGUUCUGCCGCCUAACUACCCCCAACUUGUUGCGGGAGUUGCGCAGAAAUUGCUCGGCGAUUGGGUUGAAGCUGGAGCUAAUAGCAACGAGGUUAUUUUGUAUUAG